AUGGAGGAAAAACUGGAAAGCAGUAGUUUUCUGAGCUUAUUAGGGGCAGACAGUGGUCUUACCUUGAUAAAUACGGAUGCACUGGUACGCAAAACAGAGCUGCAACAGCGAAAGCUUCAGUGCAAAGAGCAGGAAAUCGAGGAGCUUAAAGAAAGAUUGGAGCAUCUUGAAGAUGUGGUCGAGAAAUAUGCAAGUCAACUUGAGAGCUUGCAGAAGACAAAUGAACCAUCACAAACGAACUGGACCAAGAACCUCAUCGAAGAAAAUGGUGUGAUGAGAGAAAGACUGGACCUGUUAUUUGGUGAGAAGCAACAGCUUGCGAAGGAGUGCUCGAUGCUUGAAUGUUGCUUAGAAGAUAUGGAACAAGAAUUGACAAUGCUUAAAGAGAGGAUGGAUCAAUUAAAGAAGAAUCGAUUCGAAAUUUCUUUUCAAGAGUUGCAAGAAAGUUGUCAGUUUAUCAAAGAUCUUGAGGACGAGAACAUAAGGAUGAAAGAAGAAACAAAGCUCUUGUCAGUUGAAAAUGAGGAACUUGCAAAUGAAUGCUUGGCUCUUGCUCAAGGUAUGGAGGCAAAAACAAAAGAAGUCAUGAUUCUAGAAGAGCGUAUCGAAAGCCUUGAAAGUAGGAGACAAGAUCUGGAAGAGAGCAAAAAAGAUGGCAUGAAUGAAGAAGAGUAUGUCAAGUUGAAAGAAGAGAUAAAGCUCUUGUCGGUUGAGAAUGAGGAACUUGCAAAUGAAUGCUUGGUUCUUGCUCAAAGUAUGGAGGCAAAAGCAAAAGAAGUCAUGGUUCUAGAAGAGCGUAUCAAAAGCCUUGAAAGUGAGAGUCAAGAUCAGGAAGAGAGCAAAAAGGAUGGCAUGAAUGAAGAAGAGUAUGUUAAGUUGAAAGAAGAGAAAAAGCUCUUGUCAGUUGAAAAUGAAGAACUUGCAAAUGAAUGCUUGGUUCUUGCUCAAAGUAUGGAGGCAAAAACAAAAGAAGUCAUGAUUCUAGAAGAGCGUAUCAAAAGCCUUGAAAGUGAGAGUCAAGAUCUGGAAGAGGGCAAAAAGGAUGGCAUGAAUGAAGAAGUAAUUGUUUCUGAUGGUGAAGAAGUGGAAACGCAGAGCAAUCAAGAAGGAAUGAAGCAGGAUUCUGAUGGCGAAUUUAUCGUUGUUGAUGAUGAAAGUGAAGAUGGUGUUGAUGUGAGUGAUGGAAAGCUUACUUUCAAAGAACAUGACGACAAUGGCACAAUGCAACAGCAGUCAGAGGAACCUAUGGCAGUUGGAAAGAUAUUGCCAGGAAGAAUGACAAAUAUUCAGCAAUAUUUUGAUCAAGUUGCAGAGCUUCAGUUGUUGAAAGGCUUUCUGUCCAAAAUUGGGAGCCAUUUCAAAAUUGAUAAUGGAAUUGCAUUGCAGAAAGUUCUCGAUCAUAUUGAAAUCAAGAUUGUGGAUCUCAUCGACGAAAAGAAGCAUCUAGAUGAAGAAACAAACGAGUUAAGAAGCCUUGUAGAGUUUUUGGAAUUUGAACGCAAGUUCACUUUGGAAGAUUUCAAAGAAUCUGAAGAAAAGAAUGUAGAAUUGCAGAACAAACUUCAACAAGCAGUCAAAAAUGAAAUUGAUGCACAAAGCCAGUUGGAAGCUUGGAGCAACUGUUGUGGUAAGCUGUAUAAGAUUAUCAAAAGCAACGAGGGAAAAGAAAAAGGUGAAUCAUCCAUGCAAAGAGGAAAUGCUAGAGCAACAGAACUAGCACGAAGAAAGAGAUUUCGCCAGAAAUAUAAAAUGAUCAAUGCUAAUCUGAAAGCAUAUAAGGCGAAAUCUGCUAGAAUUAGAAGAUGCAUGGAUGCACUGGCAGGGAAGAAUCUGGAAUUGGAAUUGAAGGCUGAUCUUCUUCAGGCAGACAAUGAACAUAUCAUCAGAGAAAGAGACGAAUUUGAAAAGGCGUACAAAGAAGAGAUGCAAGCCGAUAUUCGUAUGCAGCAUGAUUUGGAAGAAUAUAAAGAGCAGGCAAAGAAGUUGAAUAUCUUCAGAUCAGCUUUGAAAGAUCAUAGAAAAGAAAUCGAUGCCCUAAGACUAGAGCGCUGUUUUGUUUUAGAUGAGUUGAAUAUGGAGAGACAGCUUCAUGAAGAUAUUGAAAGAAAAUUCCAAAUGGCAUUGAUAGGAAAAGAGCUGAUUCAGAGAAGGCUCCAGCAAGAAUCAGAGAAAUGUAAAGAUGUUGAAAGAAAACUUAGUGAAGUUGAAACCGAGAAGACAAAACUUCAAGAGCAAUUCGAUAAAGAUUGGCGAACGGUUACGGAAGAUCUCUUUGUUCUAAGGGAGACGAACAAUGAAACUGUCAAGGACCUCGAUGGUGAAAUGAAGAUUCGCUUGGUGUACGAAAGAAAAUUGGAAGAAUAUUUUGCCGAGAAGCAGAGACUGGAGAAGUGUCUUGAGGAUGAGGUUAAGAGAAAUCUGGAAGCUGAAAAUAUAAUAUCAGCUUUGCAUCAAAUUGUGGAGAAGAGGUCGGAGAAACCAAAACGAAGUCGACUUAGCAGAUUGUUUAGACGUGGAUCAGAUUAA